GGCGACACCGCGCUGGACUACCUGUUCAUGACCUACCUGCCCCUGCCCUUCCUUGCGGGCCACUCCCUGCGCCUCGCCCUUCGCUCCCUUCCCGCCCCCCUUCGCGAUGCCAUCACCAAGUUGUGUAGAGAGUACUCGUACGAGCUGCGGCCUGACCUGCCCGUGCUCGACAAUACGGAGAGGGCCUUUGGCCGCGUAGUGCGCCAGCUGCUUCGCGUCGGCUGGGCCGUGGCUGGCCUCCGCGUCCUCCCCGCCCUCGGUGCGGCCCAGCCACCACCCGAGUCGGGCCUUGGCCCAGGAACGCUGACGGCCUGGGUUACGACGGGCAUCAUGGCGGCCGGGCAGGGCGUGUGGUCGGGCGACCAGCUCAGCACGACCCUUCUCCGUUACAAGACCGAACACCCGGCCACCUUCGUCCCCUUCCUGUUCCCAGAGCACUUCGACGCAGGGCACCGAGUGCAGGACGCCGUGGAGGGAGCUGCCGAGUGGCUCGGCAUCACGAGGCCCUCCAGCAGAAGUCACAACACAGUCAGCUGA